GUCAUGAUGCUCCAAUCCUGGCUUGCUCUGCGCAACAUCGAGACACGCGCGCUAACUACGCGAGCAGCGAGCCCCGAGCGAGCACCUCCGCAUCCCUGGGCUUCUGAGUCUGACUUCAUGCUGAUCAGCGAGGGCUUUCAGCAGCUUGCGCCGCUCGAUACAGAUGGCUAUGCAUCUGAUCUAGCGCUUCAGGCACUCUUGCGUCGCUUGUUGCCCCCCGAUAUCCUACCCGCCGUCGACGGCGACUUGCAGCGAUUCAGCCUCUAUCUCGCUUCAGAGUCUCAUCAGACGCUCAAGCGAGCAGCAGAUGAGCCAGAGCCCCAUGUUGUACAGUAUGACAACUACGGCAGGCGUAUCGAUCGACUCGUCACAAGUGAAGGCUGGCGCGCAAUCAAGGGCGUCGCCGCACAAGAGGGCCUCGUCUCCCUGGCAUACAGACGAGAGCACGGCGAGCACUCGAGAAUACACUCCUUUGCCAAAAUCUACCUCUUCGCACCCGAAUCCAAGCUUGUCGGCUGCCCGUUGAGCAUGACCGACGGUGCCGCGCGCGUACUGGAGCUCCAGGGCACGCCCGAGAUGCGCGAGGAGGUCCUUCCUCGCUUGCUAUCAAACGACUCUACGAAAUCUUGGAUGGCAGCACAGUGGAUGACAGAGCGUGAGGGAGGCUCAGAUGUCAAUACGGCGACAGAGACGACGGCGAGGGCCUCAUCUUACUUUGCAGACGAGGAGGGUGCGCCCUUCCGGCUAGACGGCUUCAAGUGGUUCUCGUCCGCUACGGAUGGCCAGGUAGCUCUUGCACUGGCUCGCACAGUCAGCGACGAACCAGCACAAAAGGGCAAGCUGAGCCUAUUCCUCGUUCGAACUCGGCUAGAAGAGCACGAUGAGCCAGAGAAGCGGAGGAACGGCAUCAGGAUACACCGAAUGAAGCGCAAGAUAGGCACAAAGGCGCUGCCGACGGCUGAGCUUGAACUCAAAUGGACUCAGGGACACCUUGUUGGCCGUCUCGGUCAAGGCGUCAAGACGAUAUCGCCUGUGCUCAAUAUCACUCGCUUGCAUUCUGCUAUAGGCUCGAUCGGCUGUCUACACAAAUGUAUUGACCUGGCCAAAGCGUUCGCUCGGGUCCGUAUCAUACGCGGCAAGCCCCUCGAGCAAAACGAGCUGCACACGCACAUCCUCAGUCGGCUUGCUGUGACGCAUCGCGCUCUGCUACACUUCAGCUUUGGCGUCGUUCAGAUGCUUGGCCUAUCCGAAGCAGCACCUGAUAUGUGCACAGAAUUGCUCAACAGUAACCUCCGGUUACUCACGCCAGUAGUGAAAGCCUUCACUGCGGCGCGGGUCGUCUGGCUGAUGGCAGAGGCCAUGGAAAGCAUGGGCGGACAGGGCUACAUGGUCGAAACGGGCAUCGGCGAGCUCAUGGCGGAUAAUGUCGUGGAAAGAGUCUGGGAAGGCACCCAGGCCGUACUUGCGGACGAUGUUAUGCGUUUCAUACGCAAGGGCAAUGGCGAAGCGCUCAGAUUGUUCGGCACUUUCUGUGACAAGCACCUUGCCAGCGUGACCGACAAUCUGCAGCUUCAAACUGCUACUAGCGCUGUCAGAGAUGCAAUGACUCGGCUUGAGCCGGCAGCACAGUCCACUGAUUCACGCAUCUUGCGGCACAAUCUUCAUCUUAUCGGCCACAUCGCAUCGAGUAUAUUCCUGCUUCAGCAUGCCGUCUGGUGCCAUGCUGGCCAGGAUGCCGAUUGCAUUGAGGCACGCGCGAGUGCGCAGCUCUGGAUCGCAGAGGGUGGUUUGUACGAGACAGUGCGCGCAGUAGACGACAUUCUGGCGAGUUCAACGUCGCCCGCUGAUGAAUACGGUCUUGUGUAUGGCCGUGCGCGUCUAUGAAUGCAUCAGUCAUGGUUGUCAGACAUGAUCAGAUCAUCGUCUUCCUCGACUUCAUCGUCAAAGCUGAGAUCGAGAAGCUCAAGCGAUCGACCGCGCUCGCAAAGUAAGCCAGCGACUUUUCGACCUGCUCGACCGUUGAGUGCGAUAUCCUCUGGCAUCGAAUCGAGCGAUUGGUGACGAGGUGCUCUGCCAUCGUUAUCAUACGAGAGCAUACUGAGCAUGUGUCGCAGCUUGCCAUCGGUCAUCGUCUCACUCAACAUGAUAAGGUCGCUAGCAUCGAAGAUGCGAAGCGCGAGGAUCGACUGCAGUGGCGCAUCGAAGUUGAUCGACUUGGCAUCUGAAGUUGUGAGCAUGCCAAGGCCAUCG